GGGGUGUGCGUGUGCGCAAGCGCAGAUGGGGGGCGCGUGUGCGCAGGCGCAGGCGUGAAGGCGAGCGCCGAGCGGUCGAUCCGGAGCGCCGCAGCGCGGCGCCGUCUCCCCGACCGGCCGAGCCCGCCCAGGCAUUCCUCAUCUGACUGCUGAGGGCAGGGAAACUCUCCGUGAGGCCCAGGAGUGUUAGGGGUCACCUUUGAGUUAGCACUGGCUCUACUCCUUAGGUCUUUGCUGUGGCCACCUGAGCCUGCAGGAUGUUUCACGGGAUCCCAGCCACUCCGGGCAUGGGAGCACCUGGAAACAAGCCCGAGCUCUAUGAGGAAGUGAAACUGUACAAGAACGCCCGGGAGCGGGAGAAGUAUGACAACAUGGCGGAGCUGUUUGCAGUUGUGAAGACAAUGCAGGCUCUGGAGAAGGCGUACAUCAAGGACUGCGUCACCCCCAACGAGUACACUGCAGCCUGUUCCCGGCUCCUGGUCCAGUACAAAGCCGCCUUCCGGCAGGUUCAGGGCGCAGAAAUCAGCUCCAUUGAUGAAUUCUGCCGCAAGUUCCGUCUGGACUGCCCACUCGCCAUGGAGAGGAUCAAGGAGGACCGACCUAUCACCAUUAAGGAUGACAAGGGCAACCUGAACCGCUGCAUUGCCGAUGUUGUCUCGCUCUUCAUCACAGUGAUGGACAAACUGCGCCUGGAGAUCCGUGCCAUGGAUGAGAUCCAGCCUGACCUGCGGGAGCUGAUGGAGACGAUGCACCGCAUGAGCCACCUGCCCCCUGACUUCGAGGGCCGCCAGACCGUCAGCCAGUGGCUGCAGACCCUGAGCGGCAUGUCGGCCUCUGAUGAGCUGGAUGACUCCCAGGUGCGCCAGAUGCUCUUUGACCUGGAGUCGGCCUACAACGCCUUCAACCGCUUCCUGCAUGCCUGAGGCCUCCCUGUCCCGGGGGUCUGG